CUCUCCUCCCUCAAGGUGAACUUCACAGUAGACCAGAUAAGGGCCAUCAUGGACAAAAAGGCCAACAUCAGGAACAUGUCCGUGAUCGCCCACGUGGACCACGGCAAAUCCACGCUGACGGAUUCCCUGGUGUGCAAGGCUGGGAUCAUCGCCUCGGCGCGCGCCGGGGAGACGCGUUUCACCGACACGCGCAAGGACGAGCAGGAGCGCUGCAUCACCAUCAAAUCCACAGCUAUUUCUCUGUUUUAUGAGCUCUCUGAGAACGAUUUGGCCUUCAUCAAGCAGAGCAAGGAUGGAUCUGGUUUCUUGAUCAACCUGAUUGACUCCCCUGGGCAUGUGGAUUUCUCCUCUGAGGUCACUGCUGCUCUCCGUGUCACCGACGGUGCCCUGGUCGUCGUGGACUGUGUCUCUGGUGUGUGUGUGCAGACAGAGACUGUGCUGCGUCAGGCCAUUGCUGAGAGGAUCAAACCUGUGCUGAUGAUGAACAAAAUGGACAGAGCUUUGCUGGAGCUGCAGCUGGAACCAGAGGAGCUCUACCAGACCUUCCAGCGCAUUGUGGAGAACGUCAACGUCAUCAUCUCCACCUAUGGAGAGGGAGAAAGUGGCCCCAUGGGAAAUAUCAUGAUUGAUCCAGUGCUGGGCACCGUGGGCUUUGGUUCUGGCCUGCAUGGUUGGGCCUUCACCCUGAAACAGUUUGCUGAGAUGUACGUGGCAAAGUUUGCUGCCAAGGGAGAUGCCCAGCUGAACCCGUCGGAGCGUGCCAAGAAAGUAGAAGACAUGAUGAAGAAGCUGUGGGGAGACAGGUAUUUUGAUCCUGCUACUGGCAAAUUCAGCAAAUCUGCUACUAGCCCUGAUGGAAAGAAACUGCCCAGGACCUUCUGCCAGCUCAUCCUUGAUCCCAUCUUCAAGGUGUUCGAUGCCAUCAUGAACUUCAAGAAAGAAGAGGCAGCCAAACUCAUUGAGAAACUGGACAUCAAGCUGGACAGUGAAGACAAGGACAAGGAGGGCAAACCCCUGCUGAAGGCCGUGAUGAGGAGGUGGCUGCCUGCUGGAGAUGCUCUGCUGCAGAUGAUCACCAUUCACCUGCCUUCCCCUGUCACAGCUCAGAAGUAUCGCUGUGAGCUGCUCUACGAGGGUCCCCCCGACGAUGAGGCUGCCAUAGGCAUCAAGAACUGUGACCCCAAAGGGCCCCUGAUGAUGUACAUCUCUAAAAUGGUGCCAACCUCUGACAAGGGACGUUUCUACGCUUUCGGACGUGUCUUCUCUGGUCUCGUCUCGACUGGCUUGAAAGUCAGAAUCAUGGGACCAAACUACACCCCUGGCAAGAAGGAGGAUCUGUACCUGAAGCCAAUUCAAAGGACCAUUCUCAUGAUGGGUCGCUACGUGGAGCCCAUCGAGGACGUGCCUUGUGGAAACAUUGUGGGGUUGGUGGGUGUCGACCAGUUCCUCGUGAAGACUGGAACCAUCACCACCUUUGAGCACGCUCACAACAUGAGGGUCAUGAAGUUCAGCGUCAGCCCCGUCGUGCGUGUGGCCGUGGAGGCCAAGAACCCUGCUGACCUGCCCAAGCUGGUGGAGGGGCUGAAGAGACUGGCCAAGUCUGACCCCAUGGUGCAGUGCAUCAUUGAGGAGUCUGGAGAGCACAUCAUCGCUGGUGCUGGGGAGCUGCACCUGGAGAUCUGCCUCAAGGACCUGGAGGAGGACCAUGCCUGCAUCCCCAUUAAGAAAUCAGACCCGGUGGUGUCCUACCGCGAGACGGUCAGCGAGGAGUCCAACGUGAUGUGCCUUUCCAAGUCCCCCAACAAACACAACAGGCUCUACAUGAAGGCCAGACCCUUCCCUGACGGCCUGGCCGAGGACAUCGACAAGGGGGAGGUGUCAGCCCGGCAGGAGCUGAAGCAGAGGGCGCGUUACCUGGCCGAGAAGUACGAGUGGGACGUCACCGAGGCCAGGAAGAUCUGGUGCUUCGGUCCUGAUGGCACCGGCCCCAACAUCCUGACUGACAUCACCAAGGGAGUGCAGUACCUGAACGAGAUCAAGGACAGCGUGGUGGCAGGAUUCCAGUGGGCCACCAAGGAGGGAGUCCUGUGCGAGGAGAACAUGCGUGCGGUGCGUUUCGACGUCCACGACGUGACCCUCCACGCCGACGCCAUCCACCGCGGCGGUGGCCAGAUCAUCCCCACGGCUCGGCGCUGCCUCUACGCCUGCGUGCUCACCGCCCAGCCACGCCUCAUGGAGCCCAUCUACCUGGUGGAGAUCCAGUGCCCGGAGCAGGUGGUUGGUGGCAUCUAUGGUGUGCUGAACAGGAAGCGUGGGCACGUGUUCGAGGAGACCCAAGUGGCUGGGACACCCAUGUUUGUGGUCAAGGCCUAUCUGCCUGUCAACGAGUCCUUUGGUUUCACAGCAGAUUUGAGGUCCAACACAGGGGGCCAAGCCUUCCCCCAGUGUGUGUUUGACCACUGGCAGAUCCUGCCUGGUGAUCCCUUCGACAGUGCCAGCAGACCCUGCCAGGUGGUGGCCGAGACCCGCAAGCGUAAAGGGCUCAAGGAAGGAAUCCCUGCCCUUGACAACUUCCUGGAUAAACUCUAAUGAACCUCAUGGAACUCUGGGAGAAUGGGAAAACAAACCAAC